AUAUAUUAUCUUCUUGGUACAGAUUCCUCGCUUGGUUUGGAUGCAUUCUGAUGAGAUGGAGGAUAUUCAAGAGGCACAUGUUGGGCAAAUAGUUGCUGUAUUUGGUGUGGAUUGUGCAUCAGGAUAUACAUUUACUGAUGGGUCAGUUAAAUCCACAAUGACUUCUAUGAAUGUCCCUAAGCCAAUGAUGUCUUUAGCCGUUCAACCAGUUUCAAAAGAUUCAGGAGGACAAUUUUCAAAGGCUUUGAAUCAUUUUCAGAGAGAGGAUCCUACUUUGUGUCCUUUGUAACAGGUUUGUGAACCAUUUAUUUACUAGCAAACAGCAGUUUUAAAACCCACUGGGAAAAA